CUCGCAUCCUGAACAGCUGUCUCCUCUGCCAACUUCACCUGCUACAAUAACAAAAACAACUUCAACAUGAGCGGGGAUCAUGGGCACGGAGACUCUCAGGUCAAUUGUGGCUCUAAAGGAAGCGACACUCACAAACAUAAGGACAAGCACAAGGACAAGGAACACAGACACAAAGACCACAAGAAAGACAAGGAGCGAGAGAAAUUCAAACACAGCAACAGCGAACAUAAGGAGCACUCUGAGAAGAAACACAGAGACAAAGACAAAGAGAAGCUGAAGCACAGUGACAGCAGCUCAGACAAGCACAGGGAAAAACAUAAAGAGAAGAGGAGAGAAGAAAAGAUCAAAUCAUCCCACAUAGACAAGCCUAAAAAGGAGAAAGAAAAUGGAUAUGUGAGAGACAUCAGCCCUGCUGCUAUUAAGAGUGAGCCUGAAGAAGGCAAUGGCUUCUACCCCUCUCCACAAUACAAUAAGACCAAACAAGAAUAUAAUGAUGAAGAAUUUGAAUACAAGCCCAAAAAAGUUAAGACAGAACAUGACAAAAAGGCCAAGAAGAGGAAACAUGAGUAUGAAGAAGAUGAUGAGGAUGAGGAUAUAAAGCCCAAAAAGAAAACAAAAGACAAAAAGACAACAGAGGGAAAGAAAGCCAAAAAAGAAGAAGAGGAGAAAUGGAAAUGGUGGGAGGAGGAAAGAUAUACUGAUGGCUCCAAAUGGCGUUUCCUUGAACAUAAGGGUCCAGUGUUUGCACCUCCAUAUGAACCCUUGCCUGAUAAAGUCAAAUUUUACUAUGAUGGUAAACCAAUGAAACUUAAUGCCCCUGCUGAGGAAGUAGCCACAUUCUUUGCCAAGAUGUUGGAUCAUGAGUACACCACUAAGGACAUAUUCAGGAAGAACUUCUUUAAGGACUGGAGGAAGGAAAUGACUUCAGAGGAGAAGUCAAAGAUCAGCGACCUGAACAAGUGCAAGUUCAGUGAAAUGAGUGAGUACUUCAAGGCCCAAUCAGAAGCUAGGAAACAGAUGUCAAAGCAGGAGAAACAGAAAAUCAAAGAGGAGAAUGAGAGGAUCCUCCAGGAGUAUGGCUUCUGCAUCAUGGACAACCACAAGGAGAGGAUUGGAAACUUCCGCAUCGAGCCACCAGGCCUUUUUCGAGGACGAGGCGACCAUCCGAAGAUGGGCAUGUUGAAACGCCGCAUCAGACCUGAAGACAUCAUUAUUAACUGCAGCAAGGACUCCAAGCACCCUAAACCUCCUCCGGGGACAAAGUGGAAGGAAGUUCGCCAUGACAAUAAGGUGACCUGGCUGGUGUCUUGGACAGAGAACAUCCAGGGCUCCAUCAAGUACAUCAUGCUGAACCCUAGCUCCAGGAUCAAGGGGGAGAAGGACUGGCAGAAAUAUGAAACUGCCCGACGGUUGAAGAAGUGCGUGGAUCGCCUCCGUAACCAGUAUAGAGAUGACUGGAAGUCAAAAGAGAUGAGGAUCAGGCAGAGAGCUGUGGCACUUUAUUUCAUUGAUAAGCUUGCACUGAGAGCAGGCAACGAAAAGGAGGAAGGUGAGACCGCAGACACAGUCGGCUGCUGUUCACUGCGGGUGGAGCACAUCAAACUGUACCCCAAGAUGGACGACCAGGAGUAUGUGGUGGAGUUUGACUUCUUGGGAAAGGACUCCAUUCGCUACUAUAACAAGAUCCCUGUGGAGAAGAGGGUAUUUAAAAACCUGCAGUUGUUCCUGGAGAACAAGCAGCCUGAAGACGACUUAUUUGACAGACUGAACACUUCUAUUCUCAACAAGCAUUUACAGGAGCUGAUGGACGGCCUGACAGCCAAGGUCUUCCGUACCUACAAUGCCUCAAUCACCCUUCAACAGCAGCUCAAGGAACUUACCAGCCCUGAUGACAGCAUCCCAGCUAAGAUUCUGUCCUACAAUCGUGCCAACCGGGCAGUGGCCAUCCUCUGUAACCACCAGAGAGCUCCACCCAAAACAUUUGAGAAGUCCAUGCAAAACCUUCAGACUAAGAUUGACGAGAAACAGAAUCAACUGUCCGCAGCCAGGAAGCAGUUGAAGGCUGCCAAGAGUGAUCACAAGGCUUCCCACGAUGACAAGAGCAAAAAGGCUGUGGAGGUGAAACGUAAAGCUGUACAGAGGAUAGAGGAGCAGCUGAUGAAGCUCCAGGUGCAGGCCACAGACAGAGAGGAGAACAAGCAGAUCGCUCUGGGCACCUCCAAGCUCAACUACCUGGAUCCACGCAUCUCUGUUGCAUGGUGCAAGAAAUUUAGCAUUCCUAUCGAGAAGAUCUACAACAAAACCCAGAGAGAGAAGUUCGCCUGGGCGAUUGACAUGGCCGAAAAGGACUAUGAGUUUUAA